AUGAAGCCCGUCCGGGUCACGCACGACACGAUGAACGUGCCCCUCGUCUGUGACUACGGCUCGGGCUUCAGCAAGGUGGGCUUUUCGGGCACAGAGGCCCCCCUGGCCACGUUCCCCACCAUCCUCGGGAAGCUUCGGCAUGACGUGAGUGGCUUCGACCUCGGAGCCCCUCGGCCGCCGCCCUCCCAGGCCUUGGGGCCGGCCCCUGGGCAGCAGGAGAAUCCGUUGGUGGGGAUGCAAGAAGAAGACUGGUUCAUCGGAGACGAGGCUCAGAAAAAGCGAGGGGAGCUUAACCUGCAAUAUCCCAUCUCCCGGGCAACCAUCACUAACUGGGACAGCAUGGAGAAGAUUUGGCAUCACUCCUUCUACCAGGCACUCCGCAUCGCCCCAGAGCAGCAUCCUCUGAUGGUGACUGAACCGCCUUUAAACACAACAUCCAACAAAGAGAAGAUGUCACAGAUCCUGUUUGAGACGUUCAACGUGCCCGCCCUCUACUUAGCCAACCAGGGAGUCCUUUCUCUCUACGCGUCUGGCCAGAUCUCCGGAACAACUAUUGAAUCUGGAGAAGGAAUGACAUACUUUGUGCCCAUCAUUGAUGGCUGUCCUUUGCAUCAGUCGACCAUCCAGAUGGACAUGGCGGGCCAAGACCUAACAUUGUACCUCCUGCAACUAUUGACAGACAGUGGGCACUCAUUGGUGAGCACAGGUGACUGGGAGUACAUCCGGCACGUAAAAGAAAAAUGUUGCUAUGUGGCUUUGGACUUCGACAAGGAAAAACUGAAAGCUGACUCUCCUUCCUACGCACAGAAGUAUCAGCUGCCCGAUGGCCAGGAGAUCACUCUUGGGCAGGAGAAGUUCCUCUGUCCCGAAGGGCUUUUCCAGGCGGACAUCAUGGGGAGAAAUGGCCUGGGCAUCCACAUGAAGGCCUUCCAGAGCGUCAGCUCCUGCAACUCUGCCCUCUGGAAGGUUCUCUUCGGCCACAUCGUGCUGUCCGGCGGCACUGGCUCCUGUUCCGGCUUGCGCUUCCGGAUGCAGAGGGAAAUAGCCGCCCUGGUCUCCCCUACCAUUAACGUGAAGGUGUCCACCUGCCCCUCUUCCAUAUACAGCGCCUGGCUGGGCGGCUCCAUUCUGUGCUCGCUCUCCACCUUCAAGGACAUGUGGGUCACCAGCAAGGAGUAUAAGGACAUCGGUUCCUCUAUCUCUGAAGCGCACAUCAGUGUUACAGGUGACUCGGCCAUCAUGAAGACACACGGCGACCAGCGCGAGGGCCACGUCUGCAUCCUCGGAGGGCCGAGCAGAUUGCUCGUGCGUGUCACGGAUUACCACACCGUCCUUCAGCUGCUGCUAUGUGAGGAGAAAGGUCCCACCCCGUCCAGGGCUCCAUAA